CACUCAAAACUCAGUUUCAGUACUUCCUUAAUUUCAAGAUGGCAGCAAGCGCACCCUUCAACGCCACUGCAAAGCCUCCGACGGAGCUCACGCAACCGCGCUCGCAGUGGGGCCACUCCCCCGUUCCGUACUUGUUCGGCGGAUUGGCCGCCAUGCUGGGUCUCAUCGCCUUUGCGCUUCUCGUCCUCGCCUGCUCCUACUGGAAACUUUCUGGGUCCCUGGAGAUGGGUGAAGGAGAGCAAGGAGAGAGGGAUUUGGAAGCGGGAGAAGGCAAGGGAGACGACGCACAGAAGAAAGCGCAGCCGCAGGUUCUGGAACAGAAGUUUCUGGUUAUAAUGGCCGGAGAGAUGAAGCCAACUUUCUUGGCCACCCCCGCCUCCUCCAGAUCGUAUUCUUUCGGGGAAAAGAGUGAGACGAGCUGUUGCGGCGAAAAGAGCGAGAAAUUGAAGGAGAAAGAGAAGCAGGAUGAGGCCGCAGACCAGGACCAUUAAUCCCUCAUGGUGAUACACAAACUCUAUAUAUAAAAUGCUACAUCAUAAUCUUGAAUCGCCUUUUCCGUUAUGAUUCUGGCCGGCCAUCUUUCGGACGGUAAGAUUUGGCGAUGGCCGGGCAGUGACUGACCCUCUUUUUUGGGUCUGUAUAAGCUUGCCUCUUUCUUCUCUGCUCCUUUUUGUCCACACGGAAAUGUAAAUUUUAGAGAUCGAAUAAAGAUUUUUUUUUUUU